CCCAAUUAAAGUGAAGAAGAUAAGUUUAUUGAAUCUUUAGGACGCCAAAGUGUGGAGCUUCGAAUUCGCAGCAGCAACCGUGAUUGGUGAUUUGUGUUGAGAAAGCGUCCCCCCCCCCCUCUUAAUCAACUUCAACAAUUUCGAUUGUCUUCACACAUCAUUUGGCGUUUGUGGGAUUAUGGCUUCCAAUGGAAUCAUUUUAUGAUGUACUCAGCACUGAAUGUCCUGUUAUUGUUGGGAAAUUGGUCUUGCUAAACAUGAUAUUGUCAAGGUUUAGUAGGAGAGCUCAUCUGUCGCCAUACCUUAGGGCCUUGCAGAAGGACUUUCUUGAAUCCAGGUGUCUAUCUAUUAUUCCUGAAGGAUCAAGUUUCAAGUUCAUUAAUCCUAAUACCAGCUUCCAGCGUAAUUUCUCUUGUAAUAUAUGGUUAUCAAAGUUUAAGCAAGAAUUGAGUUUAAAAUCCUUCCAUCCGUGUUACCUCUCUUCAGCUUUUGCAUCACAGUAUGUUGGUAAGUCAUGUUCCACGCCUGGUUUUCGACACUUCUCAUCUCAUGCAUCCAAAGAACGGAAAUCACGAAAGAUGCUUUUAUACUUGACGGGCUUGGUUUUUGCAAUGGUUGGAAGCACAUAUGCUGCAGUUCCCCUUUACAGGAGAUUCUGCCAAGCAACUGGCUAUGGGGGAACUGUUAACCGGCGUGAGACUGUUGAAGAAAAGAUUGCUCGACAUGAUAGCAAUAAAACUGUCACCACAAGGGAAAUUGUGGUGCAGUUCAAUGCUGAUAUUGCUGAUGGGAUGCCAUGGAAGUUUGUUCCUACACAGAGAGAGGUUAGGGUGAAGCCUGGGGAAAGUGCCCUCGCAUUUUAUACUGCUGAAAACAAAAGUUCUACUCCAAUAAUAGGUGUUUCUACAUAUAACGUCACUCCUAUGAAGGCUGCAGUGUACUUCAAUAAAAUACAAUGCUUCUGCUUUGAGGAGCAGCGACUUCUUCCUGGGGAGCAGAUUGACAUGCCUGUAUUCUUUUAUAUAGACCCGGAAUUUGAGACAGAUCCUAGAAUGGAUGGUAUCAAUAACAUAAUAUUAUCAUACACCUUCUUCAAGGUUUCUGAGGAAUAAGACCAACUUGAAUGUUCACAUGAGAUUCAAAUAACAAGCUCCCAUCAAUUUGAAAGGCAGUGAUGCAUGGCACAUCCAUGAAGCUCAAGUUGUGGUUACUUAUGGUGGCUGACAUAAAGGACUAAAAUUCAUUUUCUAAUUUGUUUCACACACAUAUAAAGACAUGGUUGCCUCUUCGAUAUGUUUGCCAAGUUCUUGAAUAUUUUCAGUUGAACCAUUAGAAAAUCCUUGUGAUCGGGUUUUGAAGGUUCCAGGCACUAUGACAUGACAUUUUGAAUUAUGCUGCUUUUCCAAGGUUUCUAAGUUGUUAAUGCCGCAGAGAUUUGAUUCACCUCUUGAAAUUUGCAAUUUUGAUGAAUUAUUUAGCUUUUAAGAUUUAU